UAUUGACUUCCGGUUGAAAAUGGCUGAAAUCAGAGUUGUCUGAAAACCGUCAUGUUGAAUAUUCAAGCAUUUUUGUGAUAUUCACAUUGUAUGGGUGUCACAAACAGCAGAUAACAAGUCAUGAUGAACCAGUGCAAUAGAAGAUAAAACCCCAAACAUGAACAGGAAUAAGAAGUUUGGUGGCCCUCCACCAAGAUGGGUCAACUGCCCGAGGAAAGGAAUGCUUAUUCAAGGAAAAUUUCUACCGUUUAAGACGAUGCUGGACAGUAAAUAUGACGACGAGAUACCUGAAUACAGCCAAUUCAACCCAGAUCUUCUCUUUGCCUCUUUAAAGAACAUGAAACUGAAGAUGGGCCUUCUGAUAGAUCUGACAAACACUACCAGAUUCUACGAUAAGGAGGUGAUAGAGAAGACUCAUGACUGUAAAUAUAUCAAACUCCAGUGUCGGGGUCAUGGAGAAACACCUGCCAGUGAACAAGUGGAUGCUUUCAAUAAUCUGUGCCACCAUUUUAUCUGCCAGAAACCAUUGGAAAUCAUUGGUGUGCACUGUACCCAUGGCUUCAACAGAACCGGCUUCCUCAUCAGUGCUUACCUGGUGGAAAAACUGUCAUGGAGUAUAGAGGCAGCGAUACACACAUUCUCCCAGUCAAGGCCACCUGGAAUAUAUAAACAGGACUACCUGGAGGAGCUGUUUACUCGUUACGGAGAGAAGGAAGACACGCCCCCUGCCCCCGCCCUUCCUGACUGGUGUGAUGAGUCGGAAGAACAGGAUGAUGAUGGAAAUGCUAUAAAUGGCGAGAAGUCGGCAGAUCAAGGUGGAGGAUAUAAAGGGAGGCGGAGAGAAUUCGUCAAAAAGGAUGCCAAGUUUAUGGAGGGCGUGAACGGGGUGUCUCAGCUCCGUAUACAGCCCAAACUGGCCGAGGUUCAGCGACGCUGCCAGCUCAUGUGUGGCUGGAACAGCACCGGCUUUCCUGGUUCACAGCCUGUUUCCAUGGAUAUCAAGAAUCUUGCAUUUGUCCAGAAGAAACCCUACAAAGUCAGCUGGAAGGCUGAUGGUGCAAGGUACAUGAUGCUGAUUGAUGGCAAGAACGAAGUUUUCAUGUUCGACAGAGACAAUACAGUGUUUCACGUACCAAAUCUAGAGUUUCCGCGCAGAAAGGAUCCAAACGGUAGCAUUAAAGAUACCCUGCUAGACGGGGAGAUGAUACUGGAUAAGAUUGAUGGCAGGACCUUCCCUAGAUAUCUUGUGUAUGAUAUUGUGAGAUUCGAGGGAAACGAGGUCGGAAAAACUAGUUUUAGUACCCGGUUACACUGCAUUGAAAAGGAAAUCAUUGGGCCACGUUACGCAAAAAUGGCUCAAGGAAAAUUAGACAAGAACAAGGAGCCGUUUAGUGUGAGGGCCAAACCUUUCUGGGAUGUUUCCGUGUGCAGAAAGAUAUUAGACGGCCAUUUCUCAAAACAAGUCAGCCAUGAAGUGGAUGGACUAGUCUUCCAGCCUGUACCAGAUCCCUACUGUGCUGGCCGAUGCAUGGAGGUGCUCAAGUGGAAACCACCCGAUCAAAACUCAAUCGACUUCAAACUCAAGAUUGUUAAAGAGAAACGUGAAGGGAUGCUUGCGGAGAACAAGGCCUACCUCUUUGUAUUGGGACUGGAGCCCCCUAUGGCCAUGAUCAGGCAUACCAAGAAAGUUAAGGACCUUGAUGGUAAAAUCAUUGAGUGCUCUUGGGAUGGCAAAGAGUGGCAGUUUAUGAGACAGAGGACUGAUAAAUCUCAUCCCAACAGUUACAACACAGCUAUGGGAGUUUGGCAGAGUAUACAGAAACCAGUGACAAAAGACAUUUUAUUCAGUGCUGUCGAAAACUUACCUAGUCAUUUGACUAAACCAGAGCAAGUGAGAACACGGCCCCCGGGGCCGGAGAAUACGGGUGAGGGAAGCGACAGAGACCUUAUGCCACCUCCCUUCAAACAAUCCAGACAGGAUGAGACUGGUACAUGAAAGUGCUUCUCAUUGAUGUGUCAUAUUUAAAAAACAAUGCAUCAGACUUUGAUGAAGUUUAAUAAGGAUGCCUGUCAUGCGUCAGAAGAUGAAUGCGUGACGCUUCCAUACUGAGACAUGUUGUGAAACUCAUGUGUUGCUAAAAUGAUCUCUAUACAAAAGGAAAAACCCUCGCUGUAUAAAAGAUAUCCGGAAUAUGAUA